GCGACAUAGCCCUGUGUUGCGGGGUGGGGUGGGGGGGGGGAGGGAGGUUUGUGGUGGCAUUGGGAGACGUUGUGUGCCGUUGUGAAGCCCAUGGAGAGCGGUGUGGAAGACGUUGGGGACUGGGCAGGGCGAGGUGUGGUAGGCGACAAUGACAUUGACAAUGACGACCAUUUGUUCAUGGUUGUUUUUAUUGUUAUACAGUUGGUGAUGCAGUGGAACAAGGCGGCUCUUGCUGUUCUCAAUGCAGUGGCUUCAUCCUGUUCAGCUGCACACCCUGAAAUGGGGGAGGUUCUUCUGCUCCUCGCUGGGGGCUUCCUGCACAACGUUUCCCUUGUGUCCGCCGCCAUGGAAAUCGUGAACAACCGACGGAGGAGACGAUCCAGGAGUAUGUGGGUUCUGGACUGCCAUGGGGGGACGUGGAAAGAUCUCCAGAAGGAGGUGAUGGAUGCGUUCGAGAGGAAAGGGUUCCCAGGGUGCGUGGGUGCGAUUGAUGGGACACAUCUAUACAUCGAGAAGCCAAAGAACGAGCGGGCAGAAUGCUACUACGACCGCACGAGGCAGUUCUCGCUUGUGGCGCAAGUGGUGUGCGAGCACGAGUGCAGGAUCCAGGAUGUUUUCGUGGGGUGCCCUGGAUCGGUGCAUGACUCACGUGCCGUUCGCAUAUCGCACCUUUACAGGGAUGCACAGGAUGGGCGUGGGAUAUUCCAUGGUGGCACAUCCUUUCUUCAUGAUGGCACACCUGUCCGCCGCUACGUUCUCGGGGACGCAGGGUACCCAUUGCUGCCUUGGCUGAUGACACCGGUUGGAGGAGACGAGCGCACGCCCCAAGAGGUGAAUUUCGAUGAUUGCCACACGUCGGCGAGGAGUUGCAUCGAACGCACGUUCGCACUUCUGAAGGGUGUGUGGCGAAAUUUCUUGAGGCGGCAAAUCGGCAACAUGAAGACGAUCAUGAAGGAGUUCAUGGCCGUCUGCAUCUUGCACAAUAUGAUGGUCGACAUGCGAAUCGACGUCGACUUGGAUGACCUUGACUCGGAUGACGACGACGAUCAAGCAAACUGUGGAAACUUUCGUUGUCGACGACGUCCGCGUGUCCAGCAGGCUGUCCAGCAGCCCCUGAGGAACCGUCGGGACGGCACGUACGGUACCGCCGAGGGUAGGGUGGCGAAGGCGAGGCUCAUCGCGCACGUCGAUCACCAUGUGCGGGUGCAUGGCCGACUACCUGCCAACCCCUGGAGACAAGCGCGAGCUGCGCCGUAGACACAAACGGGAAACGAUGACAAAAUGUUCUCGCUCUCUCUCUCUCUCUCUCUCUCUCUCUCUCUCUCUCUCUCUCUCUCUCUCUCGUCGUAGAUAGAUAGAUAGAUAGAUAGAUAGAUAGAUAGAUAGAUAGAUAGAUAAAUCUGUCUAUCUAUC